AUACUCAUUUUUUUAUGAUCAGUUAGUUUGUAUUCUCUUCCAAAAGAAAAUUAACAUACAUGGCUUCAAAUUUUUGUAAACCUUCUCGUCGUGAUAAUUCUCUAAUAAUAAAAACAAGCAAAUAUCCUUCAAAGCCGCCUACCCUUAUGCUGAAGGACUAUCUCAGGGACGACGACCUGAGCUCAUGUUCAUCGAGCGGUUUCAAAUCGUUUCCACGACGUCGACAAUAUUGUUGCACCACCGUUGGAUUCUUACCUGAAAAAGAUCUCCAACUCAAACACAAGAAGAGGAAAACAAAAACAAAUACAAACACGACGAAACUUCCACGACGACGACCUACUCUUGAAAGAGCUUCCGAAGCAGUUAUAACUGCCAUAAAAUCACUGUCCUCCUCACAAAAGAAAGCUAAUUCUACCACCGGUGUUCUUUCUAGAAGCUUUUCGAGGAAGUUGUUAAGCAGAAAGUUUUGGAGAAAAGCGGUGAAGGAACAGGGAAGUGAAGGUGUACUGAAAUUUAGGAGACCAUUCCGGGAACUACUUAUGCAGGAACGAGACUAUAAACCGACGUCGUUUAGUGCUGCUAAAAGCAUCACCAGCGUUUCUUCUGGUUGUUGCAGUAACAGCUGGGGAGAAACUGAAUUUACGUUUACAUCAAACGCUACUUCUUCCGAUAGCUCCUCCGAAAAUGAACUAGUUGACGGCGGAAAAGACGGCGCUCCCCCUCAGCACAAGAUAGAAGGAGAUUGGUCAAAUGAGAAGGAGCAAUUCAGUCCUGUAUCAAUACUAGACUGCCCAUUUGAAGAUGAAGAAGAGAUCAAGUCCCAUUCCAUCAUCAAUUCUUUCUUCCAAGGAGCAGAAAACAAGCAUAUGCAGAAGACGCGACAUUUUGAGAAUGUAGCAGCUUCACUGGAGCCAUUGGUUUUAGAGAAAAGGAUCCAAUGCUUAGAACUAGAAGAUGAACUAAACAACAAAUCUACAAAACAAUGUUCAGCAUUACACUCAAUUAUUCGAAACAACGAAGACGAGGAUGAGCUAAACAUUCUCAAGCUUGUCAAGAGUUCAAUUCCAUCCAACAGUUUGAUGAUUAACACAGAGAAACUACUGUUUGAUUACUUAGAACAAAGCAUUGAGGAAAAUAACAAAGAUAAUAAUUAUUCAAAGAAGUUUAAUCUUUGCAAUGUAGUAGAGGAUUGGAUACAAGGACACCCUCAAGAACCAUAUUUGGGUUGGGAAGUGAAAGAAGGAAGACAUGUCUACAUUAACGAGAUGGAAAAAAGUGGAGACUGGAAAAACUCUGAUCAAGAAACAGAACAACUUGUUCUAGAGCUAGAAAAUGAAGUAUUAACUAGUUUCGUUGACGAGAUUGUUCUUGAUCUCGUCAUAUGUUAGACCAGCUAGUCGUAGAGAUGAGAUGCACUUGCUUUGUUUUAUGUUUUUAUGAAUUUUAAUUUUUGUCUCGUUUUCUCUGUCUCAGAGAAACAGACAGCUAAAUUUUGAAACAAUUUAGGUUAUGAUGUUUAGAUUUGGUUCUAAUGGUUUUCUUCUACAUAUCUUUGGUGUUUUGGUUAGAUUAGAGUAUA